CUUGUUUUCGCCCCCUCUCCUUCCCAGAAUGGCCUGCCUUCAGAGAACAAUCCGUAUGUUUUCAAUGGUGACUUUGUAGAUCGAGGGAACAAUUCCAUGGAGAUCCUCAUGAUCCUGCUCGUUAGUUUUCUCGUCUACCCCAAUGACCUGCACCUGAAUAGGGGGAACCAUGAAGACUUCAUGAUGAACCUGAGGUAUGGAUUCACAAAAGAAAUUUUACAUAAGUACAAGCUACAUGGAAGAAAAAUCUUGCAAGUCCUGGAAGAAGUCUAUACCUGGCUCCCAAUUGGCACGAUUAUUGACGAUGAAAUCCUGGUCAUACAUGGUGGGAUAUCAGAGUCCACAGACUUGAGUACACUCCACCACAUACAAAGAAAUAAAAUGAGAUCUGUGCUGAUGCCACCGAUGUCAAUAAAUCGAGACCAUUCCGCCGACUUAAAAAGAAGUAGAUCAGGUUUGAGCACUUGUGCUCCUGGGAAGGCUGAAUCCUCUACGGACCUAACAAAGCAUGAAUGGGAACAAAUUAUUGACCUUCUGUGGAGUGACCCCAGAGGCAGAAAAGGCUGUUAUCCAAAUACAAGCCGAGGAGGGGGCUGCUAUUUUGGACCAGACGUUACUUCCAAGAUUCUUAAUAAAAACCAGUUGAAGAUGCUCAUUAGGUCUCAUGAGUGUAAACCCGAGGGGUAUGAAAUCUGUCACGAUGGGAAGGUCAUUACUUUAUUUUCUGCUUCUAAUUAUUACGAAGAAGGCAGCAACCGAGGAGCUUACAUCAGACUAAGUUAUGGUACAACUCCACAAUUUUUCCAGUACCAAGUAACUAGUUCAUCAUGCCUGAGCCCGCUUCACCAAAGGGUAAGUGCUCUGGAAUGCAGUGCCUUCAAGAUAUUGAAAGAAAGAAUGAUUUCACGAAAAACUGAUCUCAUCAGUGCUUUCCAGCUCCGUGACUAUGGGAGAACAGGGAGGAUUUCAUUGGCACAGUGGGCUUUUUCUAUGGAGAACAUUUUGGGGCUGAACUUACCAUGGAGAUCUCUGAGUUCACACCUGGUACACAUAGACGAAGAUAGAAAUGUUGACUACAUGUCCAGCUUCCAGGAUGUCCACAUUGAAAAGCCUGUCAAGGAGAUGAAAUCUAGUCUAAUUGAAACUCUGUACAGAUACCGAUCUGACCUGAAAAUCAUAUUUAAUGUCAUCGACACUGAUCACUCAGGUCUAAUCUCCUUGGAUGAAUUCCGGACCAUGUGGAAACUUUUCAACGCUCACUACAAUGUUCAAAUUGAUGAUUCCCAAAUUGAUGAGCUUGCCAAGAUAGUGGACUUCAACAAAGACGGAAACAUAGACUUUAAUGAGUUCCUAAAGGCUUUCUAUGUAGUACAUAAACAUGAGAAGCCGCAGAGCCAUCUUGCUCAAGAUGAACAAAAACUUCUCCCAGCCUCUUUGAAAACAGCUGAUCCCAAUCUCUAGUCUUAACCAGGACCUUUGAAAUCCAUCGUAAUCAGGCAAAGUAGACCCUAAUUCAUAGAACAAGCAGAUGCAUAGUGUGAGUGUUGGCAGUCCUUAGCAAACCACUAAGACUAGGUUAAAAAUCUGUUGAUGAGAUUGACCUCCAGUGUUGGGAUUCAUACAUGACCUGUGAUGAACUGGCUUUGAGCCUGCUGGUUUUAGAUCAUACCUAACCAGGAGACCGGAACAAUUUGGAAGCAUACUGGAAGGAACCCACAGAGCAGGAGAGAAAACUAUUAGGUAUAAUAUCUAUGAGUGGCUGAGGAUAAGAAGAAUGCUAAACUGUUGUUGAAAUAAAGCAUUUCCAUCAUCAA